AUGCCCAAGGAUGUGGCCCCAUACCUGGAGGUAGGGAGUGUCACUUACCAGAACAAGGAGAAGCUAAAUCGAACACGAGGUUUGGUCGUCAUGAAGGCCAAGAACUCGCAGGUCAUGCUGGAGAAGUCAGAGAAGAUCAUCAAGCAGGGCACCUUAUCGAAAAUUCGCAUGCGGAGGCUUAUGAGACAUGGCCGUGGCGAAUUCGGCAGAGACAAUGCCUUGCAGUGGAAUCGUGGAGGACGCCGAGCUUUUCGGAUGCGCAGCGGUAUGAAGGACUUGCGCUAUGCUGACGAUUUGGAGAGGUCUCAGCGCCGAAAGAACGACAUGAGGCCUGUUGACUGGAAGAACAAGCGCAGACGUCCCGGACAAGGUCAACACCAGAAGAGAUGGAUUGGAAGCUCUCACAGAUACGGCCGGGGAACGACAAUCGCAAAGAG